UAUCUUACAUUUCUACAUAUUGUUUUCACGAAGAAUGCAAAUGACAUUAAUAUAUCUUAAGCAUUUAGAAUAGCGAGAAUGAGACAAGAGCGUGUAAGCAAAUAACUAGGGUCAGUCCCGGCGAGCAGCUUAUGAUGAGCAUUACUCGGCUCGUUACGGAAUAAUUUACGAGGUGCGAACCGCGGGGACGAUAAUCCAGCGACAUUUACAUCCCAAUAAACACUCCCAAUACUAGUAAGACCGCGCGCUCGUAAAGUUGCUCGUUUGACUACUGACUUUGCGGACUUUCUUUUUUUUAUGACAUUUUAAUUAUGCAAACGUCGCCUAAUUAAUUUAUAAACCUGGCAAGUACACGUUUAUUGUCAUAUGUUAUGAUACAAUGUUUAUCAUUAUUCAGUAUUUCUACAUUUGUGUUCACUUCAAUAAUAAGAAUAUUAUAUACUUUAUUUUGCUCUUACAUUCGUUUCUUUUCUUCUUAUAUAAUUUGUCGAUCAGUCUAUAGUGCGAUUUAUGACGUCGUUCUCGUAAUAACGAUAAUCGCAAGGUAGCUCGUUGAUGUUGGUCGUUUGAAUGUCUGAAUGGAUCUGGCGAGGUUAGUUCACUACUAGCCUCAAAGGUGGCAGUGCACGUAUCCCCACGAACGGGCAUUGAGGAGAGAAAGAGAAAGCAGAAACAUUGCAUGACGCGCGCGUGCCGUGCCGGGUCCUCUACCUUUCUUCCUCUCUCCACACGCUACGGAUAGCGUGUCUGUAUCCAUACGAUACCCGGCACGUUUCGGUGGUGGGAGUCCGUGGGGCGGUGCCUAGCCGCUCAUGGGCGUCGUUCCGACUUGGAACUACUUUCGCACGGCGUAGGAACUUUCAUGCCAUACUAGCGCGGUAUUCGUGACGAAUUCAAUUCUGAUUGGUCCUUAAGUAUAACCUCCUCCCUUAGCGGCACGUUCUCCCUCUUUGCCUCUAUAGCGACGCUUGUGCUCCGCUUCGUCUCGCUCUUAGCUGUUGCAAUUGCGCAUAACGUUCUUUCUUUUCCACUUUACUUCUCUCUUCCCCACCUUCUUAUCCGCUUCUGUUCGUGUCUUCGCGUGUUCUUAUCCCUUUCUAUUUCCUAUCUCGUUCUUUCUCCUUCUUUCGCGACGCGCGACGAAGUUCUUUCUUUUUUUUUUCUUUAUACCGUCUUAUCUGCUCGCGCGCGCCUCAAAUGUGACGCGCACGGCGAGCGAGUACGAAUUUAAUCUGGCGGUACUGUCGUUGAGUUACUAGAACGCUCGAUAGGGAGCGCUGAGGAAUCAUUCCGUGAGAAAGAGAGAGAGGAUUAAUCGAAUAGAAGGGAGAGAACGAAUAUCGUCAAGAGGUGGAGCGAGACAGAAUCAAAGGGUGAAAGCAAUUGUAGGGGGGAACAUUGGGGGUGGAAGAGGGGAACAACAACGACGAGCGAGAGAACUCGGUUAUCGCACCAGGAGGGGGAUACGGUGUGCGAGAAACAAGGAGGGAAAUAGGUGCUGCUCCGUUAGGACGUAGUACUCCGGAGGAAGAGUAUGCGCGAGAGAGAAGCAGCAACCGCGCGAACGGAGCAGGAGUGAGCGAGACGGAACAAGAGUGAGUGCGAGGAGGAACGACCGCCUGGCGAAACGGAGAAGGAAAAUCUGGGGAGAGCGUGAGAGAAGUCGACUAUGAAGAAGAGAGACAAAACGAGGUGAAUAAGCGAGCAAGAGACGGACGACGGUACAGAGUGGCGGUACACGGGGCGCGAGAAAAGCGGUAGUGUGCCGUGGACCACCGCACUGGCAUACAGUGAUUCGUUACGAUCUCCAUCGUAGUCUGACUCGUACUCGAACUCUCACAGUCAUCAGCGGAGUCACAAUACGACAAGUGCUAGUGCAGUGUGCAGACUUGCGAAAUCAUUUCUUGAUUUCAUAUGGUAGAGAUCGUCUGACUUGUCAAAAGACUUUGACAGAUCGCGAAUUAUAUAUUUUAAAAAAAGAAGAACAUACUCUCUCUAGUGAGGGUGGUUGUCGCGUGCCGGCUGACCGAACCGUCAUCGGGCGCGCACGCGGUAGAGAGACCCACAGGCAAUUUUAUAGCCUGUCUUAUUACCUUAAGUUUAUUACAUCGUAACGGUUUAACGAUCAUCGUCUGCUUCCAUAGUCCAGACCACCGGUUUAUGCUUCGCCUAUAACGGCAAGCAUAACAAGACUAUAAAAGCUCCCGCUGCUAUCAUGGAACCCAUUCACACUCCUACGGCCUACUGACAUUGACACUUUGGGUAACCGGUUAUACCUGCCGAUGACUUUUAUGACCUCUUAAAACGUUCCGAUGCUCAGUUAUUUGUACCUCGUCUAUACGUUGUCAUCUGUCACUCAUCAUUAUUCGCAUCAAGCGAUAAAUUGACUUUUGUUUAGUUCGGAGAAGUUAGAUUUAAUAUUUUACAAGAUUAUAUCUUAUUAAGUUGGAGUACGGGAUCAGUGACAUUUAAUUAGUCGCGCGCACUUCAUGUAACUGCCGAGGCGCUGUCUGAUCUGACUGUCAUUGUCACUCUUUUUUUUGAGUGCCGGUGUUUAGUGCAAGUGAUUCAAGAUACCCGGGAUAAUGAACUCGUACUUUGAGCAGACUGCAGGCGGCUUCUAUGGAAGCCACCAUCAUCAAACAGGAGCGGCGAGUCAGCAUCAUGAUCCGGCUACUGCAGCGGCGUAUCGAAGUUUUCCCCUUGGAUUGGGUAUGUCGCCGUACGCCUCGACGCAACAUCAUCACCACACAUCGUCGUCACUAGGAAUACAUCCAGGCGGUGGAAGCAAUACAAGACCACCUCAGGACUCGCCGUAUGAUGCGAGCGUUGCGACGGCCUGCAAGCUUUACUCGACAACACCUGAAGCAACCGGUCAUACCACGUCUUCGUAUUCAACAACAGCGACGAAAGAUUGUAAGCAGCAAGAUCAAACGUCAACUCAUCAGAACGGCUAUGCCGCGGUAAUGGCAGCAGCAGCGGUCAAGGACGUUUGGCAGUCAGCGACCUCGGGAGCGAACAGCCAGAGUAAUUCGGUCGUACGCCCUUCCGCGUGUACUCCCGAGAGUACAAGGGUUAGUAGUUACGGAGGACUGGUAGGUGGUGAUCCGGCAUCGAGUCCUAACAGUUCCUCAAGGUCCCUCACGUCGUGGAACACCUGCAGUUUAAAUUCGUCUGCGAGUCAACCGGUCGCCACGCAACUGCAUCAGCAACCCACCACCAAUCAUACCUUCUACCCCUGGAUGGCUAUAGCAGGAGCGAACGGAAUGCGCAGGCGUGGCCGACAAACUUACACCCGCUAUCAAACUCUGGAGCUGGAGAAAGAAUUCCACACGAACCACUAUCUCACCAGGCGGAGGCGGAUCGAGAUGGCACACGCGCUCUGCCUGACGGAACGGCAAAUCAAGAUCUGGUUCCAAAAUCGACGAAUGAAGCUGAAGAAAGAGAUCCAGGCGAUUAAAGAACUGAACGAGCAAGAAAAGCAAGCGCAGGCGCAAAAGGCGGCGGCAGCGGCAGCGGCGGCUGCGCAUCAGCAGCAAGGGGGCGGCGGGGGUCCAGAGGGGGGCAACUAGGGGUACGCCCUGCAUCGGAGCCCCCCUGACCACCCCGCCGCCAAUCCACAUCACCCUCUACUAGCACCGCAAUGUACACAGCUAUAUUAAAGGUGAGUAGGUAGAGAUGUUAUUUGAUGAUGUUUUGAUUCCUAAGUUUUUAAAGUACAUAGUUUGUUUUAUCUUGACAUUGUUAAGAAACAAUCGAUUGUCAAAAAGAAUGAUCGAUUGACAAAAAUAAAACAAAAGUUUACUUUAGCAGUCUUUAUUUUUUACUUAUAACGAUAAUACUUUUUAGUGUAAAAGGAA